CUGUGCCCGCCUGUGCCCGCAGCGCCAGUUUGAACUGGUCUGGUCUCGGGGUCAGGUCUCAGGUUGUAACUCCCUUCUUUUGCAAGGUCUGUAAGUCCUUUAUUUUCGCUGCAGCCAACAAUUGGUAGAGAGCGUGCGCAGGCACGUGCAGGCUGGGAAAACUGAACAGUAAGAACUGUAGUGGGCGAGGAAACUUUGGCGACUGCUCAGCCGAGUGCGCCUGUGGGAGCAGGAAGUUCUGCUCUGCCCCGGGUCCUGCCUAUGUCAGGCCUGUCUGGCGUUGGGACACACCCGAGCGGGGUCUGCUGUGUCCAGGAGGGAUGCGCUGAGGCUGCAGGUGUCGCUAGGCCUUGGUUUUCAGAUGUCCAGGGUGCUGCAGAAGGACGCCGAGCAGGAGUCGCAGAUGCGAGCCGAGAUCCAGGACAUGAAGCAAGAGCUGUCCACGGUCAACAUGAUGGACGAAUUCGCCAGAUACGCCAGGCUGGAAAGGAGGAUCAACAAGAUGACAGACAAGCUCAAAACUCACGUGAAAGCUCGGACAGCUCAGUUGGCCAAGAUCAAAUGGGUUGUAAGUGUCACUUUCUACGUACUGCAAGCCGCCCUGAUGGUCUCGCUCAUCUGGAAGUAUUACUCUGUCCCUGUGGCUGUGGUGCCGAGUAAAUGGAUAACGCCACUAGACCGCCUGGUAGCAUUUCCUACUAGAGUGGCAGGUGGUGUUGGAAUUACUUGUUGGAUUUUGGUCUGUAACAAAGUCGUGGCUAUUGUUCUUCACCCUUUCAGCUGAAAAAGAAGAUGCACGCAGCCACGACACUUUAAAAACGGAUUUUCACUGGGUUAAAACUUGAUUUAUACUGUUUCUUUCCUUUUUUUUUUUUUUUUUUAAAGAAACAGUGCAUAGGUUCGUUUUGUUUGAUUGUGUUUGUUCUUGGACUGUAAGUGAGCUGCUUACAAGAAACACGAUCUUGGACACUCGUCAUUGAGCCAUAAAGGCCAGCCUGUUACGGGUGCUGGCCUGGCACCGGGGGUGUGCCCAGCGGUCACCUGGGUGUCUACAAGGGGCCAUUUGUGAUUUGCACGGUUGGCAUAAUUUAAAGUGAAAAUUUUCUAAUAAUUUAUUAAAAACAAAACUGUUACUUUUAAUCCAGAUUAGAAAGGAACUUAAUACCACUACUGGAAUUUGAACAUUUCUUUCUUCCUCUCACACAGUACACUACGCUAAUUGACGUUGCUCGUGCUUUGUCUCUCAUUUAAAUCUGCCAGCAGCGCAGUGCAGCGGGCUGGCUACUUAUUUGAAACUGUUAAAUUUUCAUUACUCUGUUUUGUAAUUGUAUUCAUGAGCCCAUAAUGCUUUGUUUUGUGCUUGAAUUCUUGAAUUGUAUGUUUUAUAUUUAAAGCAUUUCAAAUAAGUGUAUUUUAUAAACGUUUAAUAGUCAUGCUCUAUAGAAAAGAACAAAGUUAAAAAACACACCGGGAAGCCUGAUUAAGUUAACUUAAAUGGAUGUGUUACCCCUAUAGGGUAUAAUUCUGCUAUUUUUUAAAACACUUUUUUCCCCUAAUUAAAUUCUUUGCAAGUGCUCCCUCCCUCCAGUUCUUUGCUGUGACCGUCACAAAUGACCAGUGGCCACCGCAGCGGAGAGCUAAAUGUUAAGGCUAGUUUUUGAAAGACCUCGUUCGUCGUCUUGUGCUGCCUAGCGAUCUGGUAAGUAGCUCACUGCAUUUCUGCUGCUGGUGAAGGGCGGUGUGUACCUCAGCUGAUUGUCACUCUGAAGACCCCCAGAGUGGGCUUUGGCUUCCGUGUCACUCAGGCUUCCCCGGCUGGGCCUGCUCGGCCACAGCAAGGACACAGAGCAGGCACGAUGGCAGGACUGAUAGCAGAUGGCCUCGUGGGCCUUGCCACAGCUUCCAGCCUCUCAGUCUCUGCACGGGCUAUGGGGACCUCAGGAUAAGAAGCCCCCGAGAUGACUUUUGCACAAGGAGCUGCGGGGUCUCGGGGCCAUAGAAGGCACAGUGUGGCGCCCACGGGUGAUGAGUUGUGGGCAGAAGUGGCAGGUUAGCUGGGGAGCCAUGGGCGGCCAGGAAGCCUGCCCGUGGGCUGAUCAGGGGUCUCCCUGCGAGACCCUCCUAGUCUCCAAGGAUGAGCUUUCUGCUGAUACUGCAACAAUUCUGACACACCUCAAGAGGCCAGGCGGAAAGGAGGCAUAGCUCACAGCUGCUGGCUCUUCCCUUGUAUGUUUGUAGUCUCUGAAGACCUGAAGUAGGGGUGAUUGAAGCAUCCAUCUUUCUUGUCAUUGUGGUUUUUCAAAAUCUGUAUUUGUUUUUAAAUGGGUGAUAAACAUGGUUCUGAAUUCAAAAGACACAGAGAGGGCACAGUGGGAGUGCCUGUUCUGACCCUUGACUCAUGUUCUCCAAUCUCCAGGCUUCCACUCAGCCAGUCUCUUAACGGUUCCCCCAGUGGUAUUCUACACCUCUAUGAGCAGUGUGCUUUUAAAAUAAAAUUAUUAUAAUUUUAGAAGUACUCCCCCCCCCAAAAACAAACAAACACACACACAAAUAUUGCCUUUUAAAAAAGAAAAUUCCACUUGGAAAUUACAGAACGUGAGCAAGGAAGCAGACCCCAUGAGCCCAUAGAACCGGAACUACUGGUAUUGACGUCUGUGCUCUCCCCAUGUGUGCGUGUGUGUGUGUGUGUGUGUAGCUGUGGAUUGUGUGUUUCUAUUAAAUACUAGUGUGUAGUUUCAUAUAAAAAGACAUCUGUUGGAUUUCAAGAACAUGUUGAGCUUGCUUUAUGCCAGUUUUGUUUGCUUGAUCUUUAUGGUAAAUCAUUUAGGGAAAUCUGCUUUACCCACAAAUCCACAAUCAUUUUUGCCUGGAGGUGACCCGCCCCUGUGGCGGGCAGGUGGGCAGAACCCUAACCGAACUCCCUUACUCUGUGGAGCUGCAGGCCCUUGGUCCUUGGGUGCGCACAGACCAGCAUGUUGACCUUCCCCUUCAACCUGUUUAUGUAUAACCAGACCUUCGAGAUUGUUUCAGGAGUCUUCUCUGACCACCUGGUGUGAUAGUCAAGCUCAUUAUGACUUAUUUGUCAACUAAUUUUGUGAUAGUGUUUUUUUCCCCAGUGAUGCUCUAAGUGCCUUGAGGACCAGAGAUUAUUCUUCGGCUUUUGUAUACACCUCCUGGCAUUUCUUUUUUUUUUUUUUAAGAGAGAUUUAUUUAUAUAAGUACUAGGGUGUAGGCGCGGGAGGGUGAGAGGGUUCACCAGAGACAGAGCGGGGAGCAGAACAAGCAGAAGGACCGAAAUAUACUGCUGAGGGGAGCAGCGGGCGAGACAAGAGAGGUCUGCUAUGCCAUGUGGAAAUCUCCCUGGCCGGGAAUUGAACCGGUGCCUCAGAGGCUGGGGACAGCUCCACAGUGCUGUGUUCAACCCAGUGCGCCACCAGGGAGGCCUACCUUCUGGCAAUUCUUAAGUCAGUAUGUACUUUCUGAAAAAGUACGCACACAUCACUUUCUGGUUUUCUGACAGAUAAUAGAAUUUUCUAGGGUACUGACCUACAAGUGCUUCAGGACAGCGCCCUCACCUUCCCUGGACUCACUGGUCCUGUGUGGACAGGCCAGCUCUCUGUCCGCCUGUUUGCCACCUCCAGUGCAUGCGUCCCUCUUCAGUACUGUCUUGAAUUCAGUACUGACUUUUGAAGUUCAGUCUUGAAUAAAUCCUGGGUGGUCAGUAUUUUUGUUGUUGCUUGUGCUUUUGGCAUCAUAUCUAAGAAUCCAUGACCAAAUCCAAGGUGAUAAGAUGCCUUUGAUUUGUAUUAGCUUUAACUCUUACAUUUUGGUCUUCGAUCCAUUAUUGGCUAAUUUUUGUGUUUGGUGAUGUAAGGGUUCGGCUUUAUUCUUUUUUAUGUGGAUACCUAGUUGUCCAAACACCUUUUGUUGAAGAAACUGUUCCCUGCUGAUUGGUCUUGGCGACUUUGUGAAAAGUCACUUUACAUUAUAGAUACCAGGAUUUAUUUCUGGACUCUCCCUCUGUACCACCCUCUGUCUGUCUCUACAUCAGUACCCAUGUUUUGAUUACUGUUACACAGUAAGUUUUGAAAUUUGGCAUAUUAGUGUAGAUCAUUUUUUAACAAGAUGAAUGGAGAAUUAUAAAUAAAGAUGACUGGAAAGCAACAGACUUAGAUUAAAUUUUUAUUAAAUUCCCUGCAGAAGCGCUUUUAGAUAGCUCUGGUUUAAUGCUAUGAUUUGUGCUUUUGUCAGUUGGCAGAAGAGCUCUUGAAAUCUAUAAAGCAGGGGUAGAUGCUGUAGAUGCUGUAAUAAUAUCCCAUCCAGACACCAUUCCCAAGAUCUUUUUAGUACAGUUCUCCGGAAUUUAAGGCUCAGCAGUCGUCACCAGCACACGUGCCUUUGCAUGCCCCCCCCCUUCUUUCUUUUCCCCCAACAGUGGUUUUCAUAAAGAUUAAAGCCUGUGCCACUUGAAUUUACCUCAUCUUUGCUUUUAAAUAGUUAUUUCCCACCAUGUCUUUCACUCAAUUUUAAAAAUAGUGUGCUGGUAUGACACACCAACUCCCACACCGUUGGCAGUAGUAUGGUUCAGAUUAUAAACAAGUUGCCCCUGUAAACUAAAGGCAAGUUAACUGAUUAACAUUGGUAGCAGAGCCCCCUUUGUAUGGUCUUAAUUACAAAAUAUUGGGGAUACAGUGACUGUGUUAGGGCCAAGCAGGUAGCCUGGGGGGAUGUUUAUUACACCGAGAGGCUUUUUUUUUCCAGACUUGCAGAAAAAAAAGCCACGGUGUAGGUGUGCAAAAAUAUAACAAGGAUACCGAAUCUUAAGUGAACAUGAGGAGAGUGUCGCCCACGGGGCAGGAUGUUCAGUGACAGGCGAUUAAGAGAGCACUCAACAGCUCCUGACACCAGGGUUGGGGAUGCCUUUUUUUUUUUUAAAGUCUACUUGUUUCUCUUCAA